AUGGCUAGGAAAAAUGAAGUGAACAAUUGGAUUGCGGUUUCUUGCUCCAUUUCGAAAACUGAACUGAUUCUGUAUUUGCCGCAAAUUUCUUUCACUGCAGGUGUGUUCAUUGACUGUGGAGCUGAUUAUGGCUCCACAAUCAACGGCCUGGAUUGGGUGCCAGACACCUCCUACAUAUCCACGGGCACAUCAAGAAAUGUCAUACAACCGGGUCUCAUCUCAACUCUUUCCACCGUCCGUACGUUCCCUCUCGAUAACACCAUUUCAAGAAAAUUCUGCUACGAAAUUCCAGUCGACCGGACUCAAAAGUAUUUGGUCAGGACAACUUAUUACUAUGGUGGGGUGAAUGGAAACGUAAACCCACCCGUUUUCGACCAAAUAGUUGAUGGGACCUUGUGGAAGGUAGUGAACACGACCGAGGAUUACUUGAGUGGGAAUUUAAGUUAUUACGAGGGCAUAUUUAUGCCGACGGGUAAAAAUCUUAGCGUGUGUUUGGCUGCGAAUAGGUAUACGGAUUCGGACCCUUUCAUUUCGGCUCUUGAGGUUGUGCUCUUGUGGGAUCAGCUGUAUAAUUCGACCGACUUUAGAGCUUACGCCUUAAGUUUGGUGGCGAGGCACAAUUUUGGGUAUGAUGGGGAUGUUAUAGGAUACCCGGAUGACCAGUUCACUCGCUAUUGGGAGCCGUUUGGAUUGGAUGCAUUUCCACAAUCUACUCCACGAAGCCUUGAUGUAUCUGACAUCUGGAAUUUGCCCCCUCCGAUUGUUUUCCAAACACGUCUUGCAAGAAGCCUAGUCGAGCCCCUCACCUUACUCUGGCCUCCCUUUUCUCUACCAAGCUCGAAUCAUUACUACAUUGCUCUUUAUUUUGCGGACGAUCGAGUUUCUUCUACAGGGAGCCCAAGAACAAUGGACAUAACCAUCAAUGGUGUUACUUAUUACAGUAACUUGACUGUCUUGCCAGAUGGCAUGGUUGUGUUUGCAAACCAGUGGCCACUUGGAGGAAUUACGAAUUUAACCCUGAGCCCAGCUCCUGGUUCGACUUCCGGCCCUUUGAUUCAUGCGGGUGAGAUUUUCCAGGCUCUUCCUGCAGGAGGGAAAACUCACACACGAGACGUAAUUGCUAUGAUAAGCUUGAGAGAAAGCUUCCAGAACACUCCACCCGACUGGAAAGGUGACCCGUGUCUACCUAACCGAUAUCCAUGGACUGGGGUUACUUGUUCUGGUGGAUCUCGUAUUCGCGUAAUCUCUUUAAACUUGACAAGUAUGGGUCUUUUGGGGUCGAUUUCGCCAAGUAUCGCCAGGCUUACAGCACUGAGUAGCAUCUUGCUUGGAAAUAACAGCUUAACAGGAAGUAUUCCAGACUUGAGUACAUUGAGGGCAUUGCAGAAUUUGCAUUUGGAAAACAAUCAGCUAGGUGGGACAAUACCUCCAUCACUGGGAAGUUUAACCAACUUACAUGAACUCUUCCUACAGAACAACAAUCUAACAGGUCAAGUACCUAGCAGCCUUACCCAAAAACCUGGAUUAACACUAAGGUACACACCUGGAAAUCCAUUUUUGGCUCCAUGA